AUGUGUAUCGUCGCUUUGGCCGCCGUGUGCGGCGCCUUCGCCGCCCCCGAGGGCAAACGCGACAAGCGCGGUUUCCUCCACGGCGACGUGCACCACUCCCUGGACUUGCACUCGUACGACUCUUUCGAUCACUUCCACGGCCCCAUUCUGCACUCGGCGCCCGCCGCGAGGAUCGUCUCCGUCAACAAGGUUGUCGAAGUGCCAAGGGUGGUCGAGGUAAAGAAGCUGGUGUCCGUGCCUAAGGUCGUCUCGGUCCCUCAGAUCGUUAAGGUUUCCAAGAUCGUGGAGGAACCACAUUACUCUCUCGGAUCCUCCUACUCGUCAGGCUGGUGGUGA